GGCCGGUCUCUAUGGCAACGGGCUGUACACUACCGCAACGGAGCUAGUUUCUGCUCCAAAGUCAUGGCUAGCCCCGGGACGCGUUACUACAGUUUCUCCAAGUCCAGAACACGUACACAAUCUUCAGGAGAGACUACAGAAGCCAAGAGCGUUGAGAAACGAAAGCUCUCUCAGAAACGAAGAACACUGCCCUUGCAGUUAUCCAUGGGUGGCCACCUGUCCCCAUGGCCAACGUACACCAGUGGCCAGACGAUUCUGCACAAACGAAAGCCCUGUUCGGAGGACUGCCGGAAAAGAGUCAAUAGCUGGCAGCAGCAGCCCCUGGGCGCUUCCAAGCCCAGGUACCUGGAGCAACUGGAGAAUUACCUGCGCAAGGAGCUCCUCCUGCUGGACCUGGGCACGGAUUCUGCACAAGAGCUGCGGCUGCAGCCUUACAGGGAGAUCUUUGAGUUCUUCAUAGAGGAUUUCAAGACAUACAAGCCAUUGUUAUCCUCCAUCAAGAAUGCAUAUGAGGUGAUGCUGGCCCACCAAAGGGAGAAAAUUCGGUCCCUGGAGCCCCUGAAGGCCAAGAUUGUCAGUAUGAACGAGGACUGCAGUGAGAGGAUCCUGGCCAUGAGGGCUGAGGAGAAGUACGAAAUCUCCUUGCUCAAGAAAGAGAAGAUGAAUUUGCUAAAACUCAUUGAUAAAAAGAAUGAAGAGAAGAUCUCAUUGCAGAGUGAGGUGACCAAACUGAGGAAGAGCUUGGCUGAGGAGUACCUUCGCUACCUUACUGAGCGAGAUGCCCGCAAGAUUCUUAUUGGGGACCUGAAUGAGCUGCGCUACCAGCGGGAAGACAUGUCACUAGCCCAGUCCCCAGGUGUUUGGGGAGAGGACCCUGUGAAGCUAACGCUGGCACUGAAGAUGACCCGACAAGACCUGACCCGCACUCAGAUGGAACUCAACACCAUGAAAGCCAACUUCGGAGAUGUGGUACCCAGGAGAGACUUUGAAAUGCAGGAGAAGACCAACAUGGAACUUCAAGAGCAGCUGGAAAGUCUGAGAGCUGACUAUGAAGAGGUCCGAAAGGAGCACGAGUUAUUACUGCAGCUGCACAUGACCACGCUGAAGGAGCGGGACCAGUUCCAUCACGAGCUGCAGGAGAUCCUUCGCACCUCCACCCCUCGACCUGACUGGACCAAAUGUGAAGGUAUCAUAUUAGGGGGUGCAGAACGCUGGCUAAUGCUGGCUGAAGGAAAGAACAGUGACCAGCUGGUGGAUGUGUUGCUGGAGGAGAUUGGCAGUGGUCUGCUUCGGGAGAAAGACUUCUUCCCUGGCCUGGGCUUUGGGGAAUCUGUCCCUGCUUUCCUUCGGUUUGAUGGCCCUGUGGAGAACAAGAAGCCGAGCAAGAAGGAGGUGGUCAAUCUCCUUGUAGAUGCCUGGAAGGAACGUAUUGCAGAGGAGCAGAAAGAGUCAUUUCCAGAUUUCUUCUUCAAUUUUCUGGAGCGUCGCUUUGGGAUCAAUGAUGCCAUAGCUUGGGCUUACACCAUUUUUGAAAGUAUCAAACUCUUUCAAUCCAAUGAGAUCAUGAGUCAGUUCUAUGCAGUCUUGAUAGGCAAGAAGCUGGAGAGUGUAUAUAUCAACCAAAUGGAGACACUGUCCCACCUGCAGAAGGAGAUGGCCAACGUUGACACUCAGAAUGAGGGGCUAAUAACCAUGGAGCAAUUCAGCACCAUCCUCAAGAAUACUUUUCCUCUCAAGAAGGAAGACCAAAUUCAGGAGCUAAUGGAGGCAGCAGGCUGGGGUCCAGACAUCAGCAGUACAGAAGUGUUCAACUACCGAAUACUGUUUACUGAGGAUGAGGAGGGCCAGAGUGAGCCGUUUGUGCAAAAGCUGCGGGAACAGUAUGACAGUGAAAAGGAAGCAUACUUGCAAGAAUUGAAGCAGGAUCUGGGCCUAGAGCUCCCCGAUGAGGUGAACUUAUUGAAGAUGCGUGUGGCCCUGAUGAACAUCGAUCCCAGCCUGGACAAGCAGACGCUGAGCAACUAUCUGAGCCAGGCCUUUCAGCUCCCUGUGGCAGAACUGCCUUUGGAGGAUGAUGAAAAGCAGGAGGAAAUUGUAGUAAAACUUGAGACUGCAAUUGAACGGCUUCAGAUGGCAGACAUCAAGCGUGUAGGACUGCGAGGAGAGCCAGAGCCAACAAGCUAGAAACCUCAUGGGCAACUUAAGUACUCCAGUGUUGCUAAACUUCCAGUAUAAAAUUAUUUAUCUAAAUUUAUAUCUUCCAGGCUGGCUGGAAAGUCAAGUGUUGGGGUAUGGGGUAAAAGGAUCUGGGCAGACAUGUACCAAAAAGCAGAAAAACCCAUUUGUGAGACUUUAUUGGGGCUAGGAGAUGAGAAGGAGACCUUGAUGAUUGUGUGGGUCCAAGUUGUCCAAGGUAGGGAGAGGGCAAGUGUUAAGGCCUGGCCACUACUGGGCAGGGAAGACAGAAUUGCCGCUGAAUGCACAGGGGAUGAGUAGCUGCCGGUACUCUAAGGGCAGGUACCGCUCCACAAGCACGUGCAGCGAGACUUGAUCCGUGACUAGUCCCUGCCUGUAUCAGAGGAAAGGAAGGUCAGGCCGAAUCAGCACCAGCACCCCCAUGCUCAGCCUCCCUUUGAUGUCCACUUACCGUCGUAACAGCAGCUCUAAAUCUUCUAGCUUCACAGUCUUACGGCCAGCAUGAGCAGAAAAUACCUCCAGGUCAUUGCAAAGGUGCUGGAAAUACUUGUCGAGGCUGCCAAGAAGGGUGGGAUAGAGCAGGCUGAGCAGUCUGUUUAUGCGACGGCACUUCUACCCACUCACAUGCUAGACUCACCACUUCUCCACCAUCUCGAGAGCCGCCUUCUCCACAGGCAUCUUGGUAUAGAAGCUAAAGAGCUUCAUAUAGUGGCUCAGUCCAGCCUUGUAGGGGUCUUGGCGGUGCCUAGCACCUGCAGUUCCCUUCCUGGAAGGAAGCGUGGCUGGCACAGACUCCAGAGGCUCUGAACUAAGGACAGGAGCAGACAGAAGUGACCGAACUGCCGUUUGGGAAGGCUCUUCAUUUUAGGACAAGUCCUGCUAGCUCUGCUGAAUCUGGGACUGGUGCUCAUUAAGAAGACUGAAUAAGAAAUGCAACUAUCAGCCA